UGUGUUUUCUAGACAGAGGUGUGUGUAUGUGUUCAUAGCACAUUAUGUGUUUUAGUCUACUUCCUCUCUAUGCUUUAGUCUGCUCGUCUCUCUGGACAAACAUCUGAGACCACAAACACCGUUGCAGUCAUUUCCGCUGAUUUCAUUGUCUGAGACAGAGACUAACAGGCCACUUAAAUGAACAAGUUUAGCUAGACAUGUAGAUGUCGACAUGUAGAAACUACAGAAUUAAUUAAUGUGAACUAUGACUAACAUACUGAUCUGGAUCUCAAAACCUGAUGAGAGUUACAGCCUGGAAGGACUUGUAGCAGAGAAGGAAGGAAGGAAAAGCCUUAAUCAGUGCAUGGGGGAGGCCAGCCAGGAACCGAACUGUCCGUCGAAGCUGGACCGAGAAGAGAGAGGCUCACUUGUGUCCCUGACAGAAGAGGAACAGGAAUCAGAUCUGGGUGACUGCAGCAGUUUGGACAGUCAGAAGUCCAUCCAAUCUGGACAAAGAUGUGUCCCACCUUCACAAACCUUUCUCACCAAGUCUGUCUCCAUGUUGGCCAUCAGUCAAAAGGAUGUGGAUGCAAUCGGACGGCCGCGACCCAAGCGACGAAUCUCCUUCUCCUUCAGCAUCUCGCCCAUGCUCCCCAAAUCUAAAACACUCUUUUCUAUUGGCUCUUCAUCCAGUGAUGAGGAGGAGGCAGUCAGUACAUCAGGAUCUUUAGAGUACAGUAUAUCAGAGGAGGAUCCGGGGCCGUUGCGUAGUGACAGUGAAGGAAAAGUUGGAGGAACCAAAGUAAGCAGGACCUUCAGUUACCUCAAGAGCAAGAUGAGCAAAAAGAACAAGGAGAAGGAGAAGGACAAGAAUAAGGAGCGUGAGCGAGAUGCCAAAGACAAGGAGAAGAGAGCCUCAAACGGGCAUCUCUUCACUGCGGUCAUGGCAGUACCCACAAUCCCCUGCCAGCAGUGCAACAAAUCCAUCAACACUAGAGAUGCCUUUCUCUGCACCAGUUGCAAUGCACAGGUACACAAAGGCUGCAGAGAGAGUCUUCCUGUUUGUGCCAAGGUCAAAAUGAAGCAGCAAAAACAGCAGCAGACCGUUCCAGAUUCUGCUUCAACGCCUGGUGUCACGCUUAGAAGUAAAACCCUGCCUGCACGGGAUCGUCCGUGGUCUGCGAUCUCCAUUCCUGAUGAUCAACCCGCCCCUCUCGCCCCUCCUCGGAAAAGCCCCAGCAGUGUCAUGUCUUUCAACAGUAACCCACUGUCCAAGAGCAUGUCCAUUAAUAACAUUGCAGGACCAAUGGAAGACACUCCUUUAAAGAAUCUGAAGUUUCUGUCCCAAUCGACCGACUCUCUUCACAAGACCUGUAAAGUCAGUGAGUCCACAGAAUCUCUUACUGAUGAGGGUACAGAGAUGAUGGACAGUCAGUUGAUGGGAGAGUUUGAAGCUGAUGUCAAAGAUCUGGAAGCAGAUUCAUGGAGUUUUACGGUGGACAAGAAAUUCCUGAAACCACUUAAAAAGGAUGUGAUCAAGAGGCAAGAUGUCAUCUAUGAACUCAUCCAGACAGAAAUGCACCAUGUGAGGACCUUGAAGAUCAUGGCUGAUGUUUACAGUAAAGGGCUACUUAGAGAGGUUCAACUGGAGGCCCAGACUGUAGAGAAGAUGUUCCCCAUGUUAGAUGACGUUCUGGACUUGCACACACAGUUCUUCUCACAGCUUCUCGAAAGGAAGAAAGAGUCAGGCAGCCAUGAAGAGGGUGGCUUUGUUAUCCGAAGGAUUGGUGAUGUGCUGGUCUCUCAGUUCUCAGGUUCCAGUGCCGAAAGAAUGAAGAAGGUCUAUGGGAAGUUCUGCAGCAGACACAAUGAAGCUGUGAACUUCUACAAGGAGCUUCACACCAAAGACAAACGUUUUCAAGCCUUCAUUAAGAAAAAGAUGAGCAGCCCAGUUGUCCGACGGCUAAGCAUUCCUGAGUGUAUAUUGUUAGUCACACAACGAAUAACAAAGUAUCCUGUCUUACUACAGAGAAUACUGCAGCACACGAAUGAAAAUGAAGAAGACCAUGCAGAUGUAACCCAGAGUCUGAAGUUGGUGAAGGAAGUGAUUGCUGCCGUGGACAAUAAAGUGAAUGAGCAUGAGAAGAAAAAGAAGCUAAAGGAAGUGUACAGCAGGACAGACAGCAAGUCUAUUAUGAGGAUGAAAAGCGGGCAGAUGUUUGCCAGGGAGGAUCUGUUACGUGGGCAGAAGUUAAUUCACGAUGGGCAACUGCAGCUCAAGAAUUCUGCGGGCAGACUCAAGGAUGUCCAGGCUUUGCUGCUGAGGGACGUGAUUGUGUUCCUUCAGGAGAAAGACCAGAAAUAUAUUUUCGCAUCCUUGGACCAGCGCUCCACUGUCAUCUCCCUGCAGAAACUCAUUGUGAGGGAAGUAGCCAAUGAGGAGAAAGGAUUGUUCCUGAUAACGGCAGGCAUUGAGAAGCCUGAGAUGGUAGAAGUAUACACCAGCUCCAAGGAGGAGAGGAACACAUGGAUGCAGCUCAUUCAGGAGGCCAUGCAGUCAAUACUCUCGAUUUCCUCCAGGGAGGGUGAUGAUGAUGAAGGUGUGCCUAGUGAAAACGAAGAGGACAGAAGACUUCAAGAAAUCAAAGUCAAGGAGUUGAGAGAUCAGCUGCAUAAGAGGGAUGAGCAGAUCUUGACUUUACUGGAGGAGAAAGUGAAGUUGUUCAGGGACAUGUGUGACUGUGGCUUACCAGACGAGACCAUCCUUCGCAACCGAAUGCUCUUCAGGGCCACACCCGAUGACAUCACCAAAGGAGAGCCAAUCAUGAAAGAGGCUCUGAAGGAAGUUGAGACAUUGCAGGUUCUGGUAAAUGACAGUCUAGGAGCAGCGGUGCAGGAUGGCGUAUGUGCGGCGGGGCCCGUGACUUUGCCACGACGGGCGGAAACCUUCGGAGGCUUUGAUAGUCACCAGAUGAACAUCUCAAAGAGUAAAGAUGGAGACAGAGAGGAGACGGAAGACUCGGCAGAGCUCCGCAGGACUGAGUCAGACAGCGUUCUAAAGAAGGCCAGCAACGCCAAUCCCCUGCUACUCCUCAAGAGGAACAACGAGCAGGUUCUUCAGAGCGUCGCUCAGCUCCAUGACCUGCUGAACACAUUACAGGCUGUUGUCAUCCAGCAAGACACAUUCAUCGAGGACCAACGGCAUGCCCUCAGCGAACGCCCCCUUCCCUCUUCACGCCACCCAUCCGUCUCAUCCCUUAACUCCAUCUCUUCCUCCUCUUCAUCACGGCCCAGCUCACUUAUUGAGCAGGAGAAACAGCGGAGCCUUGAGAAGCAGCGGCAAGAAGUGGCCAGCCUUCAAAAGCAGCAGGCCGCCCACGCCGAGGAGAGGAGGCGCAGGGAAAAAGAGUGGGAAGUGCGGGAACGGGAACUGGCCCAGAGGGAAUCGCAGCUGCAGACCCAAGAGGACGAAACACAGAGAAGAUGGAAGGAGCUAGAAGAGGACAAGCAAGACCUGCAGAGUAAAAAAGAAGAGUAUCAGAGAGACCUGGCGCGACUCAGAGACAGCCAGAAGAGACUAGAGAGAGAACGAGAGCAAGUUCAGAGAGAGGCAGAGCAGAUCAGACAAAUGGAGGAGUUAAGGAAGAAUCGGACCCCUUCCAGCAUGUCUGAGGACUCUUCAAAGUUCCAGAGCACGGAUUCAUUGGAGCCCGACCCCUCAGAGGUGGAACUCUCCUCGUCUCCGUCUGCCAGAGACUUCCUGUCCCGCAUGGACUCCAAACGCAAAGGGAAGAACCUCAAUCCAUUCUCCUCCAAUUCAAGCCAGAAAGGCCAGAACAGCGAGGCGCAGAGCCAGAUCCCCAGCCGCCUGCUACAGCUGGCCAAAUCCAAGGAGAAGAAGGACAAGAAGAAGAAGAAGGGAAAGGGGCAGCAGAGCCAGGCUGCAGAUUCUCCGAGCACUGUGGUUCCAGGCUCUACCCCGGACGGAGAGAUCUUUUUCUGCUGAUUCGGCCCCCUCUUCAUCUUCCACUAUCCCACAAUCCCUCCAGGCAGGGCUGCUGGUCUCUGGUCAUGGACUUAUAAACCAGAGUAAGAAGCACAUACCUGUGGUCUCGAUGGGCGUCAGGCCUGGACAGGAAGUUUAUAGGGAUUGUUUCCUGAUUUUCAGCGGCCAGCAUACUGCAGUGCCUUCCAUCCCUCACAUACACCUAUGAACCCGAGCAGGGACCUGGAGCACAAGUUUGGGUCAGAUAAACCCACCGCAGGCACUUUCUCACACACAGACUUCCUGUGAAAAUCAAAAAGAUAUAUAACAGCAAGUGGCAUCACGCUGAGAGACAGCAACAUUCAGUUUCUGAAGGACAUCUGACUAAUGAAGAUACUAAUAAUCGAAGUGAGUGGAGUCAAAUUGCAGUUUGCAAUGCAGUGACUAAGUAUCUAUAUGUUUCCAUCCUUUUCUUUCAACCCCGUCAUGUUACAAUGUGCCUAGUUAAUAAUGGACCAGGCUUGUUUUUAAAUAGAGUCACAAGGUUUUAUUUCUUUUAAAAAGGUCACAAAAUAAUUUUUAUGAAUAGAAGGGAUGCUUUGGAAAACAAUUUAGUGAGCAUGAAAGAAAUGGAAGCGCAAAAGAGUGUAACAAAUAUUCUCUUUUAUUUAUUUAUUGUUUUUGUUAACCACAUUUCCAUCCCUAAAUGACUGAAAAUUCAUGUUUCACUUAAGAAAAAAAAAAAAGUUUUAUUGUGACUCUAAAGGCUUCACAAAACUUUUGCGUUUUUUUUUCCUUAGCACUUUAUAAGCACACGUUGAGUGGGAAAAAACAGCUGGCUUUAAAUUGAGACAAUCGAUCAGCUCCACUUAACUGGCAAACUGUCUCCUAUGUGCGUGCAAGGUUUUAUUUGAUAAUCUUUUACAGUACCAUAUGAAUGUUAUGUAAAUUUGUUAAACCAAACAGAAAGCUAGCUUUCAUAUUAAGCUACCAAAAGAGCGGGUGCAGUAUUGCUGCAGUAUUUUCUUUUCUUUUUUUUUUUUAAGAUUAUUAAACACAAUUUGAAGGAGAUGAGGGAUUCAGUUUUAUGUAGGUUAACAAAUUCAAGUUUUAUAAGCCACAAAGUAUCUAUGCUCAAGCCAGAAAUGUUGAUUUAAAGUAAAAGUAUGAUGAUUGUGUUGGUGUAUUAAACGCUUGGUUUGUACACUCAAAAAAACUAGAUUUUAGCCAAUCAAAGCCCUCGCCUGCUGGCCAGGCUUACCGUUCUGUUGAACAUGAGGAAAUAUUUUAAGAAAGGGGAAAUUGCGCAGAAAAAAAAAGUGUUAAUUUAAGCUUUAUGCUCUGGUUUUAUUUUUCUGCCAUUAAACUUCUACCUAACACGCCUCUCUAAUGCUUUAGAGUGAUGAAUGUCUCGUGAUUCAUUUAUUGAUCAGUUCACUCUGACCUCUUGGGAUUUAAGAUAUUCAUUCCGAGAGAUUUUUGUUAUCCGUCAGCAUAUUCAGCAUAACAGCUGCUGACGCUGACAUUCUGCAUGCUGGUAUGUUAUGGUGCUAAACCGAGAACUGAAAGCCUCGACCGACAGAGGGCGCUGUGGGAUGUUCAAGCGCUGUUAUUUCCUUUGUCUCUCCUGAAGCGUAACACACCUCAGACUUUACCAAACGCAUUGUUUUGUCGGAGAACUGAACAACGCGCGUACGUUAAGUAGCCUUAAAUAUUUCACAGAUUCUGCAGUGUUUGGCAGUUCCUUUUUUAUCGACAAAUCUUCUUUCAGGGAAACAUAGAAGUCCAAAUGAAUUAUUACUAGCGCAAUUAAAGAUAUUCGGAAGUAUUCUCGCUCAUUUGACUCAUGUUGGCUGCCAUGAGAAAUGCACUAAAGAAGAAUCCAAAUCGUCACGUUAAUGCAAUUCAAACUUAGGUCUGCUUCACGCAGCGGACCCUUAUUGUAUGUGGACACUAUAUAAUUUCCAUUUUCAGAAGUUAAAUUGAUUGUUUUGCUGACACAACACUUUAAAUACA